GGGGCUGCUGGGGCCAUCUUGAGUUUCUCUCUUGGAUUGUUCUGCACGGUAGAAGAGGCCUUGAGCUUGGGCUAACUCUCUACACACAACAACAGCAACAAGAACAACAGGGGGCCACAUCAAGCGGUUGUGCCGUGGUUUGUCUUGAAGGAGACGGAGGAGGAAGGUGUUGGAAAGGUAUGACACUUUUGAAGAGUGAGCUAAGACCGGAGCAGGCAGACGCAGCAGCAAGACAACAGGAGUGCAAUUGAAUGAAUCCCGAUUCCUUAAUAAGCUGGUCAUUCUGCUCCUGCUUCUUCUGCUUCUCCCCCUCAGACCAAGUGCGAGAGCAUGAGCCAGAGCAGAGCAGCACGAGCAAGUAAGUGUUUCAUCGUGUCAGUGAGUGACUUAACGACGAGUGAAAGAGUGAUUGCGCGGGUGAGUGAGUGAGCGAACGCGACCGCCAUAUCAUGGUCUGGGGCAAACUCACUGUGUCUGGGGAGGAAGAUAGCCAAAAAGCGGGAACUCAGCACUCGAGCGACAAUAAGAGCAGCACAGAGCAGGCAGACAGCAGCGGAGUCCGGUCGUUUUUCUUCCUCGUUAUCCUGCUUCAAAUUGCUCCCCCGCCCCGACUCAACAUUCUCCUCCUCUUCCUGACUGGAAUUUUUUUCCCCCGAUUCGUCCAGUGGGCAGCAAUCCUAUCCAUUUUCACUUCCUCUCGGUGGUGGAUCAUCAGAGUGUGCCAAUUUUCCGUGGUGGGUGGGUGGCUGUUCCCUCUCUCGUCCUACUGUCUCGACGCUAGCUGCUGUAGUGGUAGCAAAGUGCUUAUGAGUUCCAUCAGCUACAUUGAGCAGAUUAUUCACCAAGGCCGCUAUGUGUGGGCCAGCAUACCAGCAACGUACGCGAAUCAGCGCGCGGGCACGGGCAGGGAGGAGUACAGGGACGAGGUGAAGAAGGUGGCAUUGGGGUUCGGCGACCUGGAGUCGGAAUUAUGGAGCGGCAUGCCGGACGAGAUUCUGGAGAAGAUUUUCGCCCGGCUCCCCCUCAAGAAGGUCAUGCAGGUGUGCCUGCUCUCGCACAGCUGGGCGCACAAGGUCUCGUCGCUCUCGUUCCAGGCCGAGGUGUGCCGCUACUCGGCCAAUUGGCGAUCACUCUGCCCUCUGCACUACAGCGACAGCUCGCUCAAGCUGCGCGGCUUCGAUCGCAGCGCGAUGGAGUGGCAAGACGCGCUCUCGCUCUCCUACCUCCCGGACCACGUGCGCAAGGAUUGCGUCCUCAAGUUCCGCCCCAUCGCCCACAAUGACACCCGACGAUCCUUUCAGAGCGUUGCCGGCUCGCUUCUGUGCUUUCUCCAGGUCGAUGCCGACGCCUCCAACAACCUCGUCAUCCACAUGACCAAUCCCAUGAAUCGGAGCCUCAAGAAGCUGCCUCCGGUGGUCAAGGUGCGCCCGUCUCAGCUGUACAGCGUCAAGGUGGUCCCCGUGGGCUUCUAUGGCUACCGCGUCAUCGUGCUCGAAUUGGACACAAUGCAUCCGGAGCGCGUGAGCUCCGACUCGGACCGCUACCCAAUCCGGGUGUUCGUCUACGAUUCGUGGCUGGAGUCGUGGACGCCCAAGCGGGCCUUCUCCUCGCUGCCCACCAAAUGGUGCUGCAGAAGUAUCGAGUACUUCCAGGGAAGCAUCUACAUGCUGUACCAGGACUGCCAGCAGAGCCACGGCGAGCUGAGCAGGGCCGAGAGGGUGUCGGACAAUGUGCUGAAAUUGGGCGUGUACGACGUGGAGAGCGAGAAAUGGAGGCAGGUCUCUCUCCCUGUUAGAUACCCUUAUUCUUUCUCCAAUAGUAGCUUGUGCGUCUGCGGAUCGAGUCUGCUGAUGGUUGCCAUCGAGGAGUUUUUCCUCCCAGUUAUAGAGUACGACGGCAACAGGGUGAGCAUGGGCUCCAUUCGCAAGAAUUCCAUCCGCAUCUCGAAGCUGGAUUUGGACACGCAGCAGUUCAAAGAGAUUUGCCGAGGCCCGUCCGAGGACAUAGAAAAAGAGUAUCUCUCAGGGAAGUUUUACCAUGAUGAGGAGAGCAUUUUUUUCUCCGCAUUGGGGAACACCACCGUCGUCGCAUACAAUGUAUGCCGUCAGGUUUGGCUCACCCAGCCCAUUCUGGGUGACGAAAGAAGCAAAUACAACACGUACUACGGAUUUCUGCAGCACGCUUACCAGCCUGGCCUGAACCCAUUUGUCAUCGCCUGAUGGUGAUUUUGAGCUCUUUUGACACGAAGCAACGCACCGGAGGAGAAUCCUCAGAUUUGUACGAGUAUCUACGCCCCAUCAUCGCCCUAGUUUGAUACAGAGCUAGCUGGGUAAGUGACAUCAAUGAAGCACGACGCCUGAAGCUUUUUGAUUGCUUCUCUGACGUUAUGGGUUUACGCCACACCACUCAUUAACGUGGUAGCAGAUUAUGACGCCGAAGAAUAGAAUUUGGGAUCACAGGGCUAGACCCUUCCAAUUUGUCGCAAAUAAUAGGGUAGCUGGCCUGGCCUGGAGAAACGCAUGCCUUCUGGUACAUUAUUUUCAUCCAUUUUUUUCCACAUGGACAGAAACCUGGGUUGCUGGAGUUGUAUCCUCAUCUUUCUCACGAUAUUUUCCUCAUUUUCGACGAACCCCUAGUAGUCAACACACCACCAUUGCGGAGGUCAGAUGAGCAGAGCUAUAUGUUUCACAUUUCUCAAGGAGAGUGCUCGCUGACCUCGAGGGCCACCAAGGCCGGAUCAUCUAGCGUGACUAAUGUUCAUUACCAUCCCUCUGUGCAGAGUAGAUCCGCAAUGGUGUCGAGAAGAUCUUACAUUGUUUAUUCCGUAGUCUAGGUCUAGGUCUGGGUCGCGAGGGUUCACAGAACUCAGCAGGGAUUUUGUUGGAGCUGUCCGACUUUUUGAUGGAAGUAGUGUUGCAGUGGCCAAUUUUUGUGUGUAGAAGAGGAGACGAAAUUCAUGAUGGUAUCUGUUAUAUACCUGGCCAGUACCCUGCAAUCGGCAUGAAGAGACGUGAAGUAUAGUGAUGUGCAAAUUGGCAUUUUCGCUAAGUAGACGUCCUUUAUCAACCACAUAUGCCAUUUCUACUCUGGAUGGAGAUUCUCGCUUGUAGCAUCCAACUGAGGGCUUCUGAUGAGGUCUCAUCGAGAUGUUCGACGUUUGGUUGAAGUUUUGUCUCACGGGAGAGAGAGAGGAGAGCUUAGAUUAGCAGUCAAAUCGCUCUCCGUUCAAAUCUUGAAGGUACAGGAGGUCUGGGAUUGGGAGGAAUGAAUCACAUUCUUCAUUCGAAAUCAUUUUGUUCUUCUGAUGAGCGGCAGCCUGUACUUGACUUUAGUUUUCAGAUCCCUGGUGGAUACGAGUGCUGUAGGCCCUCAGUGGGAGUGGCGUCUCAGCACUCAACACUUGGGCAGACUUGUCGAUCUCUAGUAGACGUGGAUCAUUGCAAUUGUUGAUUAAGGGCGUGAGUGAGAGCUUGUGGAGAUUGUGGUUCCUGAAUAUCAAAUGACAUCAAAGAAAGAAAAAGAAUUCCCUUUUUGUGGAAG